GACUUUAAGUCGUCAAAUCAAGCCUGCAGAGGUCAUGGGUCGAGGCUACGUGACAAUACAAAUGCUACAGUCUGUGGUCGACUUCCUUAAACAAACUGCAGAAUAUCAUUAUCAUCGUCUUCCUUCUUUAUAAUUUCUUUGAGACACGGUCAAAUAAGGGCAGGGUGCCAGUCUCAGGGUUUGGCCAUGGUCAAACUCUCCUCUAUAAAAAUGUUGUUUCCUUCUAACUGCAAUCACAGUGACAGCAACUCGCACUGAGAAGAAAUCCAAGUCAACAGCAUCUGUUAGACGUCUUCCUCCCCCAAGGCAGAUGGCUGGCCUGAGAUGGAUGGCUGUAACGCUGGCCGUGUUCCUGUCUACUGGAAACAGUUUGGCCGUGGACCAGAACCAACUUGCAACAAUUGUACAACAAGUUCUGAACAGGUAUACACCGAGCUACAUGAACUCUGGAAGGAUGAAAUAUCCCAUGUUCAGUCUGGCUGUAAGCAUCCCAUACAACAGUGUCAGCAGAUCAUAUGAUCUUAAUCAAGUCCCUGACACUAGUGAAGCAGUGAAGAAUCGGAUUCAGGAUUGUAAUUUGUAUAUCGGCACGAGGGUGGUGGCAGCUACAGUUCUGAGGUGGCCAGAUGUUCUGACUCAGUGUCCUAAUGGACCUGUGCAAUGGCCUAAUGUUCUGAGACAAUGCCCGGCAGGGGUUAGGACAUGGAAUCAAGUUAAGAGUCUGUGCCCUCAAACAAUUCGUGAUGGUAGAGCUGAUCAUGCAGAGUACCGCACCCUACAGGGACUCAACACUUUGCUUACCAACCGUGGCAGUAAUGAUUUGUUGCUUUUCUACGUUCUUUCCUCUCCCUGUGACAAAAGAUGUACAAGUGAAACAAGUCGCUGGAACAUUCUCGAUAGCAUUCAACGAAUCACGAGUUGGAACAAUCGUGCUGUGGUGUUUUCUAAUGUAUUCAAGCCUGGUGGUACUACAAUCCUACCUGAAAACGACCUACGUGGAGCCCUCGAGCGUCUAGGGAACAGAGUCGGUCUACAAAACAUAUUCCGUUGCCGCCGCAGACCUGGAAUGCAGUGCACAAGCUGCUCUACUAAUGGUCAAGUUACACCUUAUUGUUAUUCAGAUAACGCAGGAACUGGUCCUAGCCAGAACUUACCACAAGGGGGGGGUGGGGGUCAGUCGUGGAGCGGUGUUCAGUCGUGGGGGGGCAGUCAGCCGUGGGGUGGGGAUCAGAGGUGGGGGUAAACACAGAAGAGUUAGCAGGGGAGUUGUUAGUCGCAUUUAUUCAUAAUUGGUUUUCAAACUCUUGCAGCUUAUAUGACACAUACUUUUCUCAAUGCAUAUGGAAAAAAAAUAAAAAAAAUAAAAAAAUAAAAAGAAACAGGUUUGAUGUAAACUAACCUCAGUGUUUACAGGCCUCAUAUCAUUUUAUACUAAACUUCUGUAAAGCAUUACAAGUCUCUGUUCUUUCUAAAUUAAAGCUUGGCUCAGCAUCCA